AUGAAAGAAGCGGAGUCGUCAAAGCUCCAGCAAAUCUCGACAUCCGUUUGGGUCCCAAUACCGCAAUGCUCAUCCUGGUAUGUGGGCAGGGACGACUUGGAACGAAUUGUGCUCUCAAUGCUCCGCCUUCCCUGGACACCGUUCAGCUACCUGAUCUGGAAAUCUAACAACGGAUUCUGGCACAGCCUGCUACGAGAGUCAACCGGCUUGCUCGACCACUUGCCACUCUUAACUGCGCGAUUCGACACAGUCCUUGAACGCAAACUGGGUACGUGGAAAGACUGGAACCGUUUCGAGCCUGGAAAGACAGACUUUCUUGCGGAAUUGACCGCGUCCCUAGAGGACAGCCUCUUCGAAUACCCGUCAUUAACCCGGCUCUCCAUCGGUGUACUAUAUAUAACCAAUGUCGACUUCUGCGCCCAGAUCAACGCUCUGCUUGAUACGCAGAGCCGGACUUUCAUCAAUCUGGUUGCUAAAUUCGAUACGAAGAGCGGUAAAAUAGAAUGGGAGCGCGAUUCCACCCGUUACGAAUUCAGCUUCCAAUCACCGGUUCUAGAGGAGGGUGCGCAGGAAAUAGGGGAAGAAGUGGUAGGGGAUGAUGUGGUGGAGCUAAAAUCGACCGACUUAAUCGCGAUGGCGCUGUGGGCAGCUGUGAGGUGUGCACUGUGGAGAUGUUCGCCGAGCUCGAAACCUUUGUUGCGGUUUAUCAAGAGCAUGGACAGCGUCGCACAUGUCAAGUAA